AAUGCCAUUCGGUAUGGUAGACUACAAUAUUCGUUUUUUUGCUGCCGAGAACACAGUUAAUGUCCGAAUGGAGGAACACUAUGCCUCAUGGCUGGAAACAAUGUUUGCCCAGUUUGGGCACAAAUGGCUUUGUCUACAUCGAGGACCAGUAUGGCAGUAUGAGGUUGAAAAAGCAGUCGAGCAGCCUGUACAGGGUGUUGUUGACAAAAGUGUUGGUCAGAACAUAAUUCAAGAAGCAUUGCAGGAAUCUUCAAUUGACCUGACUUAUUCUGACGAUUUGGACAUUGACAAUGAUACUCUGGAGCUUAUUAACUCGAGUAUUUACAACCUGUCGAUUGUAGAGAAUGACAUCUCUUGUUCUUAUCCCCAAAGCGAUGAAGUGAUGGAGAAUAUUUCUGAUAGUUCUGUCCAGGAUCCCGCUGGCAAUAAAGUCAGUAACCAGCAUGCAUCACACAUGUGGUCUACCAUUUCAGCAAGUGAUAGCCUUGAAAUUGAAACAGGGUUGCUGUGUCCUGCUGAAAUGGAGCGAUUCCACAGUAUUUCUCCAACUUCUGUAAGAAGUACCACUACCAGACGCAACCCAGACAUGUAUAAUCCAUUGAAGGUUUGUCUCAACUUAUAUAUGUGACUACUAUUGUUUUACAUUGGCUGAUACUACUACUAUAUUUCUAUGAGACAAAUUUAGUUUGUAUGACAAUCAUAUGGAAAAUGAACAGUCAAUGCAAGUAUAGGUAGCAAUAAGCAAAAGCAGCAAUCUUUACGGAACAUCAACUACCUGAAAAAUUAAGCAGAUCUUCGACAUUUUGAGUGAUGGACUGUCGUCGGGAUGGCCCUUCACUUCAAAUGUCUAAGUUCUGCUUAUACUUUUGUUUCAAAUAGUUGAUGGUUAGAGUUUUAUCAUUAAGACACAAUAAGCCUUUAUUUUAUUUAUAUUACUUCAUUGAGUAUGGAUAGUCUAUAAUAAAACAGUACCCAUUCAAAUGCAUUGUGGUUUGCAAUAAUUAUAUAUUUUUUACAGAGUAAAGUGAAUAUUGCAAGUUUGGGUGCUAGACAGAUUCAAAAGCGUGUUAAAUCAUCUGGAUUUUCUAGAACUGUUGAUGUUCAGGUAAGUUUGCUUAUAACUAAAUCUGAUAGUUGUUUAACCCAUUAUGUGGCAGCAAUCCCUUUGACAAGGAAAAUUGUCUGGUGUUAAACAGAGUAAACAAAGUACCGUAAACCUCCGACUAUAAGCCCUGGGCUUAUAUACUUUUGUAAGCGAUUUUUGGUGGGCUUAUACAAGGGUGGGCUUAUAUACGGGGGGGGGGGGCUUAUACAUGAUGGACGAUUUUUUUGUGUUAGUAAUAAACAAGUCAGACAUGAACAAGUUAGUCAUAAACAGGAAAAUAAACAUGUAUUAAUAACACAUUUUGAUUCACAUAGUGGGCUAUAAAGACAAUGCCAAUGUUUUUAAAUAUGGUAAUCUGUUCAAAAACGGUUCUCUGCUAUAUUAAAAGACAAUGUCAAUGUCGAGUAACGUAGUGGGCUACUGGGCUUAUAUUCGGGGGACUUAUAUUUAGGGGGCUUAUAUUUGGAAUGAGGUGAGCGUUAGUAUAAGUGGUGGGCUUAUAUUCGGGGGGGGGGGGCUUACGGUAAGGCAUCUCAGGGCAAGUGGUGGACACUAGCUGACAAUCUGUUUGACAAAGCUGUAACAAUAAUUUUCAAACAUAAAAUCAUCUGUAGGCUAAUAUUUAAGCUAUGAAAUUUAAGGUAAAAAUGUUCAAAGAACUAAGAAUUAUUAGUACAAAGGAUGAUCAUAUGUUGGCAACCUAAUCCCAUCCACCCCCACCCCCAAUAUUUUGUCAUUUGAAUAGUUUAAAAAUGUAUUUUGAAUAGGUUUAACUGUUUAAGAAAUAGAAAAAAUAGCAAUCUUGUCAUUUCAUGGCAAUACCCUGAGCUGCCAAUCACAGCUUCAAUUUUUGAAUUGCAGAAUUAUUACAAUUAUAUAAUUGCAGAAUAAUUAUAUGCACUAUAAGAUAUCUAUGUCCUCACUUUGUUGCAAUAUUUUAAACUAGAUGGAGGCACUCAAUAAAGCUAAAGAGGGGAAACCACAAGGAAGAUGGUGGAUUAAGGCAGAUGGUUGUGAUGUAAGGAAGGGUUUGAGGGAAAGUGUGAGGGUUACUUGGUCCGGAGAUGAAGAUUUAGGAGAUGGGUCACUUCAAAGAUUGUUUAAUAUUUACAAGCUAAGACGUUCAUCUGUAAUGGUCAUUGGUAAUCCUAAGAGGUCAGGAGUUGUUUGUAGUGAUAUGAAGAAAGUGUUAGCUGACCUGAAAAAUGAUUUAGAUUUUCUCACAAUUGGUGCAAAAGCUUCUAAUAAGGCUUACGUGAAGGCAGUUGAUGAGAAUAAGUCAUCCGAGCAAACCAUGAUGGAGUUGUCUUGGAAUGCUGUAGGGUUUGAGGAAUUGUUAAAGAAAUGUUUGGGGUUGCAGAAAGAUUUGAAUUCUUUCUUUGGUGGUGAUGAUAAUGUGGAUUUGUUGCUGGUAAAAGGUGAACUUCUGCAGUAUCUAAAUGGUCUAUUUUCAAAAAAAGCGUGUUGCUGCAACCCACUUGUUGGUCUUCAUGAUAUCUGA